AUGGCCUCGAACCCGGAUCCAGAUGCGCAACGCAAUCCCCCCGACCUGCGAUGGAAGGCCCGAAGAACUAUCCUACAGCUCCUCUGCUCAGCCGAGGAGUAUCGAGUUCUUUAUGAAUCUGUCAUCCAGAAUCUCCCUCAAUCUAUACAGGCUAGAGCAUUCUCGCCCGCUACUUUUGGUAAUAUCGUUAAAUCGAAAGAUAAAUAUACCAUCGCGGCUCUACGCUCCUCGAUCAGGGUCUUUUGGCUGACGCGAAUGGGGAUGAAGCUACUGGAUUUUGUUACCAACCGAAUCCUUGCGAGGGCUCGAGCAGGAACAGAAACCGUUAAAGUGCCAUUUCGCGACUCUCCCGCGUUCCGACUCCCUCUCUCCUUAUCGUUGAUGCUACUUUUCCACCGAUUAUUGCAUCGCUUUUUCUACCGACUACGCGCGAAUUUGCGGACAGAUAGCGCCCGGCCAUUUCGAGAGAGGAAUCCACGUGCCAGCGUGGCUGGUUUCUUCCUUGGGGCAUACCCACAAAGCCAGCUCCGCCUUACACUAGCUAUAUAUACGUCUACCAGGAGCUUAGAAGUUCUGUAUAACACUCUAGUAGAGAAAGGAUGGUUCUCUUUCCGGCCAUGGUGGUUUGGAAGUUGGCUUCUAAUGCCACUUUCUAUGGCCCAGCUCUUCCAUGCAUUUAUAUUCGAUAGAGAAGCUGCGCCUGCGUGGUUCGGAAACCUCACUCUGCAGUAUACUCCGGGGUAUAUAAAGCGGCGCCCUGUUGGACUUCCAGCAAUGGUGGCAUGGCCAGAACCAUUUGAGACCGUUGAUGCAUUGGCAAAAGUGGCAGAAUUAAAGUGGCCGUAUGACACCUACACCCCCAAUUUUGACCAUUCUAACAGCAGUAAACUAAUACACGCUUCUCUUAUCAUAAGACCAUUCACCUCUCCUAUUCUUCAUCCAACCAUAUCAGACACACUUCCUGCCGCGCUUCAAUCGAUUUCACCUAUCACGUCUCCCGCCCACCCAGCUAUAGCCUCUCUAUCCUGUGCUCUCCUCCAUCCAAAAUCUCCUUCGUGCUUGACCGCUUUCAUACAUCAAGUUCUUCUUUCUAUCCCUCCCCUCAUCCGUUCUAUUGCUAAGGUUUACUUGGCUCUAUCACUUCUCAAGCUCAAGUCAUUCGUUACAGCACCGAUUACCUCAAUUAAUGAGCUAUGUCGAAAGAUACUAUCCGCCACGGCAAUUAUAUGCUCGUCUAUUGGUGCUGCGUGGGGAAGUGUUUGUCUCUUUAACAUCAUUUUACCACGGAAACUACUCCCGACCCAACGGUUCUAUCUCAGUGGCGCUAUCAGCGGCCUGCCAUUUGCAGUACUCUGCGGUUCUGGCUACCGAGCUCACUUCCUUUAUUUGUUCCGACAAGCUGUUGAAUCCGCCUGGAAAACUGGAGUCAAACGUGGACUCUGGCGCGGUUAUAAUGGUGGUGACUUAUGGGUAACUGUGGCUUCAUUUGCACUUUUGGGAGUGUUGUUAGAGAGAAACCCUGAAACCAUCACCGACCGGGGAUUCAGGAAAGCAUUGACCUGGAUGAGAGGCGAUGGCUAUGUCGAUCUGGUUGAACGCCGUGCGAAGAAGAGCAAAAAGACUUCAGCAGAACAAACCGGGCCAGUCUAG